UCCAGAUUCUCCACCUUCACGGCUUCACCUGCAAAAGUUCAUAGUCACCACCACUCCAUCACAGCAUAGAUUUGUCCAUUCACCUAAACUAACCAUGACUUUCAAUUUGACCUCUGUGAAGACCUCUUCUAAUGGAGCAUGGCAAGGCGAUAGUCCUCUCAACUACGUCUUCCCACUCCUCGUCAUCCAAAUCACUCUAGUUCUCGUCAUCGGCCGCUUCUUAGCUUUCCUUCUCAAACCUCUCCGACAACCUAAUGUCGUUGCAGAGAUUGUUGGAGGAAUCAUCUUGGGACCAUCAGCUCUAGGUCGGAACAAAACUUACUUACACAAAAUCUUCCCAUCAUGGAGUACUCCCGUACUAGAAUCCGUCGCAAGCAUCGGACUCUUGUUCUUUCUAUUCCUAGUGGGUCUCGAGCUCGAUCUAAACUCAAUAAGAGGAAGUGGACGAAAAGCUUUCGGAAUCGCCGCCGCCGGAAUCACUCUCCCUUUCGUCUGCGGCAUUGGGGUUGCUUACGCUGUUCGUGCAACCGUCCAGGCUGCAAAAGAAGCUGGUUACCUUCAAUUCUUUGUCUUCAUGGGUGUAUCUCUCUCCAUCACAGCUUUCCCUGUCCUAGCACGCAUAUUAGCCGAGCUUAAACUUCUCACCACCCAAGUCGGCGAGACGGCCUUGGCUGCGGCGGCGUUUAAUGAUUUGGCGGCUUGGGUUUUAUUAGCUCUAGCCGUUGCUCUAGCGGGGAACAACGGUAGUACUGGUGGAGGACAUAAGAGUCCAGUGGUGUGUAUCUGGGUGCUCUUGUCUGGAGUGGCUUUUGUAGUGUUCAUGAUGGUGAUCAUCCGGCCGGUGAUGACGUGGGUUAGCCGGAGGUGUUCGCAGGAGCAAGAAACCGGCGACAAUGGAGUAUAUAUAUUCUUGACAUUAGUAGUAGUUCUUGUGUCGGGGUUCAUGACGGAUCUGAUAGGGAUACAUCCUAUAUUUGGGGCUUUCGUGUUUGGGUUAACGAUACCUAAAGAAGGUGAGUUUGCGAGGAAGUUAAUAUUGAGGAUAGAGGACUUCGUUUCAGGGCUUUUGCUGCCACUCUACUUUGCUUCUAGUGGGCUUAAGACGGACGUGACUAAGAUAAAUGGAAUAGAGGCUUGGGGUUUACUGGUUAUUGUUAUUGCCACAACCUGUGUUGGGAAGAUUCUGGGUACCUUCUUUGCGGCCUUGAUCAGUAGGAUACCAGCUAGGGAGUCGUUGACCCUUGGGGUGCUGAUGAACACUAAAGGGUUGGUGGAGCUUAUAGUUCUUAAUAUUGGGAAGGAGAAGAAGGUGCUCAACGACGAGAUAUUUGCAAUCCUAGUACUAAUGGCAAUCUUCACCACAUUCUUGACAACUCCAAUUGUGCUAGCUGUCUACAAACCAGCCCGCGUAGGCAUCCUCAUGAACCAACGCAAGCUUCAACGUGAAUCCCCUUCCAACCCCAAAGAUGAACUCCGCAUCCUUGCUUGCGUCCACGGCCCUGGCAACGCUCCUUCACUCAUCAACCUCGUUGAGUCAACUCGUGGCAACAACAAAUCCCCACUCAAGCUUUACAUAAUGCACCUGGUUGAACUCACUGAGCGCACUUCAUCCAUCAUCUUGGCUAAACGCGCCCGCAGGAAUGGUCUCCCUUUCAUCAACCGUCUCCACAAAGGAGACUCCCACGACGGCGGCGUCACGGUGGCCUUUAAGGCGUAUGGCCAACUCGGCCGAGUCAAUGUCCGAACCAUUACGGCCAUCUCAGCACUUCAUACCAUGCAUGAAGAUGUUUGCCACGUGGCGGAAGAGAAGAGGGUGAAUAUGGUGAUCCUUCCCUUCCACAAGCAUGGUAGAAAUGACGGUGAGAUGGAAAAUGUGGGCCAUAGCUGGAGGAUGAUCAACCGGAGGAUCCUCAAGGAGUCUCCUUGCUCUGUGGCUGUGCUAGUGGACCGUAGCCUUGGUGAUGGGCCCAAGCGGAAUAUUCCUUCACCAAGUGCCAGCGUGGCACAAGGGAUAUGCGUUUUUUUCUUCGGUGGACCCGAUGAUCGUGAGGCAUUGGAGUUGGGAGGACGAAUGGCAGAGCAUCCAGGGUUGAGGGUCACAUUGAUACGCUUCCUGGAAGGGGCUAACAGACAGAUUAUGCUGCAGCCUUCGCCGGGAAAGUGCUCGGAGAAGAAUUACAGCUUCUCGACCGCCGUGAUGGUUAGAGAGACGGAAAGGGAGUUGGAUGAAGCGGCAGUGGCGGAGUUUCGAAGGAGGUGGGAAGGGAUGGCGGAGUUCACUGAGAAGGUGGCGAGCAAUGAUAAUAUAGUGGAAGGGGUGGUGGCGAUCGGGAGAAGUGGACAGUAUGAGUUGAUCAUAGUAGGGAAGGGAAGGUUUCCGUCGACGAUGGUGGCGGAGAUGGCGGAGAGAUCGGCGGAGCACCCGGAGUUGGGUCCUAUUGGUGAUGUGUUGGCGUCGUCGGGUCAUGGGGUAGUGUCGUCGGUGCUGGUGAUACAGCAACAUGACGUGGUCCACGCCAAUGAAGCUCCUGUCCAUAGGAUCGUCGACGGUGAUUACGAGACAAACACCCAGUCCUCCACUACUAUUAAUGAUAAUGGCACCAAUAACAUUAAUCCGGUGUGAAGUGGAAACUGCCCCAACGAAGCUGUUUGUCUAUUCUAAGGAUUUUAUAGUUGUUGAAAAUAAAGCAAGUUUUGUUGCUUGUA